UAAUGCCGCUCUGCACCUGUCCCACUAUUGUGUGUUUGCUCCUCAACCUGUGCUGUGUGCUUGGAGGACUAGGAUAUUGUGCUGUGUGCUAGUGGGACAUUGGCUGGUUAACCUCUGCAAAAGGACUGCCUUCCCUUCAAUAUGGCACUUGCAACUACAGCAGAUUUUGCCACAGUUGUGAAAGCAACAGUAAGCUCUGCUGACAUGGAUGUUGAUGCAUCAGUAAUUGCAGGUGUGAUAGCUGCUGUGGUCAUAACCAUCCUUGUGGUGAUGGCACUGAUUGCAGUCUAUUUGUACAAACACAAAGGUAGUUAUCGUACCCAUGAGACGGUAGAAGAGGGAGAGGCGGAUAAGUCUUUACAAGAAAAGGGUGAUCCCAGUGAAGAAAAGCAAGAAUAUUUUAUGUGAUUUGCACCAACUGCUGACUGUUCCAAAAAAGGAAAUGUGUAAUUCUUUUCAACAAGAGACUAAUGACAAUCCUAUUUAUUUUGUGCACUCCUUUUCAGGAAAAUCCAAAAAACCUUUUGCUACUUUUUUCAGGAACUGAUGCAACAUUGGUAGCAAAAAAGGUUCUUCAGUCAAUUCUAGGACAUAUGCCUUCACCAUAUCAAAUGCUGCUAUGGCAUACCAGAAGAAUUUAUUGUGCAUGAUGGUUUUCAUUUGUGUGAUGUGUAAGAGGUGGAUAUUCAUAAUGCUUAACAAAUGGGUUCACUUUUUUUAAAGUAGUAAAUACCCCUACCCCCCCCACCCCCAUAACACGCUCUCUGUACCCUUUACUGAAAUAGGUGUUGGCCUUAGUUUAGUAGCAAUAUGUUGGGACAAUUUAAUAAAAUCUACAGUGAAUAUAGGUUUUAGUAUGAAUUACUUUUGCUAAAUAAAAAAAUAAACUUUAA